UCGCAGGGGGUCGGCUGGCCUAUCUGCACUUUCCCCCUGUCCGCCCCCGUGGGAGCAGUGCCGGAGGAGAGUGGGGCUCCCUGGAGCGAAGGCUGUCGGGGCUGGCGAGCUGCUGUAGCGCCGGAGCGCUUUGGUUACACUGACGCCUGUGAGUGCUCAAAGUGUGGAUACCGCAGCCUUUUUGAAAAGUGUAUUUGCUUAAUAGGAUACCUGCAGGAGACAAGCUUCUUGGAUACCAUAAAAGUUCAUACUGUUAGAUGCAAGCCAAAUAGAUUAUAAUGCAAUAGAAGUUGUUCUACUAUAAGUAGAGAGCCAAUGGCAAUUUUACUCAGACUUGGUCACUGUAGCAGAAGGACUGACUGUAAGAUGGAGCUACCUGGUCUUGCUGUUUGGAUGUUUGUUUGCUUCUGUGCACCUGUGGGUGGCUAUCCAAAUGGAAAAGUAAGAGCAGCCUGCACUAGCAUGGUACCCUGUCAUGGUGGCUCUCCACAACUGUCACCUGAGCACACCAUCACAGUGAACGGGACUGAAUUUAAACCAGGGGACAGCAUAGAAGUUAGUCUGUCUGGACCAGAUUUUGAAGGAUUUUUCAUACAAGCCCGGGAUGCAGAACACCUGGAUGGCCCUGCAGUUGGUUCUUUCGUGUUAGUUGACCGGAGACUUUCUCAGCUUCUGACAUGUGGACAUACCAAGAAUUCAGCUGUCAGUCAGACAAGUAAAACAAAAAAGAAACACAUGAAAGUUUAUUGGAUUGCUCCUGGAGAUGCACCAAAACAUGUACAGUUUCUAGCCACAGUUGUCAAGAAAUACAGGACUUUCUGGGUGAAGAUUCCGGGUCCCAUUGUUUCUCAGCCUGAUAUGCUGUCCCCAACAACACCUUUGCAUGCAACUUCAGAGGCUGUGUCAACUUCAUACCCAGUUUCCUACUUAUCAAAGCCAUUUAGUGCCUCAGGCUGUGGAAGUAUGAAGUUCUGCAUUAGGAACCCUUCAAACUGUGAUCCUGAAAGUGCUUCCUGUUUUUUUCUAUCCUUCCAAAAAGAGGAGAGUUCAGUAUUUAUUGAAAUGAGUGGUCCAAGUGAAGGCUAUUUAGCAUUUGCGUUGUCCCAUGACCAGUGGAUGGGUGGUGAUGAUGCAUAUCUGUGCAUUAAUGAGGACCACCGUGUUCAUGUGAGCACUACCCAUCUGACGGGACGAAGUCGUCCUCUCUUGGAUUCAGAGAAUGCCCUUGAAGAUGUGUCAUGGAGGCUUGUGGAUGGUGUUCUUCAAUGUUCUUUCAGAAGGAGUAUUCGUCUUCCUGCAUAUAAAGAGAGAUUUAAUCUGGAUGCCAGUUACUACAUCUUUCUGGCAGAUGGGGAAGCUAGUGAAGGUGGACUAAUAUACAAACACCGUCGUCAGCCCCUGAUCACCGACAGACUGUACAAUGUCACAGGUCCUCCUCAGGAUAUUGGAGGCUCCCGGUCCCCACGACUUAUCAAGGCUCAUGGAGCGCUGAUGUUUGUUGCUUGGAUUACCACAGUUAGUAUUGGUGUUAUUGUUGCACGAUUCUUCAAACCUGUCUGGGCUCAUUCAUUCCUGUUUGGAAAGGAGAUGUGGUUUCAGGUGCAUCGUAUUCUUAUGUUGACCACAGUCUUGCUUACAAGCAUUUCUUUUGUGUUGCCUUUCAUGUACCGAGGAGGUUGGAGCCAACAAGCAGGUUUUCAUCCCUAUCUCGGCUGUGCUGUGAUGGCUUUGACAAUCUUUCAACCACUCAUGGCAGGUUUCAGACCAUCUCGUCAUGCGCCAAGGAGGCAAUUGUUUAACUGGUUUCACUGGAGUACUGGUACAACAGCUAGAAUAUUAGCUGUGGUGACUAUGUUCUUGGGAAUGGAUCUACCGGCACUUGACCUGCCAGACGCAUGGGACACCUAUACAAUGAUUGGCUUCGUAGCUUGGCAUGUUGGUAUUGAUGUUCUUCUGGAAAUACACAGCUAUUGUCUCAUACGUAAAGUUGAAGUGAUAGAGGAUGACAGAGUACAGAUACUGCAGUCACUCACAUCUGCAGAAGCAGAGGGUCAUCUGUUUAAACAGGUUGUGUUAACCAUCUAUGUCUGUGGAAAUAUAGUAUUCCUUGUUGCCUUCCUGAUAGCAGUCAACAAAAUAUGAAACAAGUAAUGGAGAAUUUUGUGAUGAAAUACUGCGCAGUUGGAAAAUAUGAAAAAAAAUGGUUUCUAUUACAAGUUUUCUCUCAACACCUCUCUGAAAAUGUAAUUGAAGAAAAAUAGCAUGUGUGUCAUGCUUGGUGUUAGAGAGAUCUGGAAUUCAAAUCUAUAGAAGGAUGCUGCAGUCCUACAAAAGCUGUCUUCUGGCAGGACUUUUAAUGGGAAUUUUUGCCUGAGUAAGGAAUGAAGUCUUUUUUUUUUUUAAGCACAGUAGUUAACUUGAUUGAAGCUUAUAGUUUAAGAAGACUGAGAAGAUGUGCUGAAAGUGUUUUGAUCGUCAAUUCCCUAAACCUUUUGUAAAUAUUACUGGGGAAUCUGGAGAGAUUGAUCUGGAUUUUGUCAUAUCUGUUCACUGUGUGGUAUGUGAUGUGACUACUUCCUGCUUGUGAUAGUUUUGUGCAUUAAAAAAACCCCAAAACCAAAAUACAGAACUUAGUGAAAAAAUGUCACAAAUGCAGAUUGAUGCAUGAACUAAAUACACAACAAUUAAAUGCAAGAAAUGCUCUCUCUGCUCUAAGAGCAGUAUACUUACACGACAAGCAUAGGAGUGUGGGAACUUCAGUCCUUUAGUAAAACUACCAUUUGCCUCACUCAGAAUACUUUUCCAUCUCAUCCCUCUCAGUGCUUCUAAAACAUAAAGAGAAAGCAUUUGCAACAUAAGUGUAUUAAACCCUGUUGUAUUUAUCCAAAACUGAAACAGGAACAACCUCUCUUUGUGUAUGGAUUUCUGUAUUUUAUUGUCCCUGGUUGCUUGUGGCUUCUGAAUUACUUUUCUGUGUGAGUACGAUGGAUUUGGGCCAACUGAUACUUAAAUGGGAGUGAAAAUACUUGCUUAGGAAUGUUGCAGUUGUAUUUGUGCUAUUGAGUGAAAUGUGCAUUAGGAAUUAGGAUGACUUCAGGAAAAGCAGCUUCUGUUAAAGUUAAGUGAGAGUCGCUUAGCUGCCAUAUCUAGAAGACAGAACUAAAAGAAUUCUAUAACAAUUCUAUUUUUUAAGAGUAUGGGAGGGCAUUUUUUUAGUCAAAAGGUUUAUCUAAGUAUAUGAACUAGGUACAGAGACUAUAUUGUUUAACCUUUUUGGUUCAUGGUUUGCCUAAGUAUGGAAGGACACUCCUGAAAUGGCAUCUUGGAAACAAUCCCUUAAUAUGCUGUGCAGUACAGUACUUUACAUUUGUUUUAUGACCCUGAACAGCUUGUUUCCACGUGUCUUCAUUUUUGUUACUGGAAAGUAUUGAUUUUCAGUUGUAACACUUCAAAAUAUAUUUUCAGUCCAGGGCUACUAAGCUAGCUGGGAAUGAAGGUGUUGAAGUAUUGGAUAGAACAGUAACUAGUGAGGCCAGGCCUGAUAUAGACUUUUACAGCAACAUCUCUCUACUACCUGAUGGACAGCUCUAAAAUACUUGUAGGUGCAGGUCAGAUGGUGGUUCUCUCCAUUUACUAAAGCUGUCUAGUUCUGUAUCUUCCUCCAUCUCCCCAAGUCCACAGUGCAGGGACACAAUAUUCAGAAAACUACAAGUUUGUUUGUAGUUGGUGAUCUUCUUUUUGGUUGUUCAAGUGUAUGAUUUAUCUAUGAGGACAUUUAUAGAGCUGGGAUUAAUCCCUUCAUCAUCAGCAGCUGACUGUGAGUAUAACUUGAAUCAUCCACCUUCCUCCUGGAAGCUGAAAAAGUCAUGUCAGUCCGAUUGGGAAAGGGGGACUAAGAAGAAAUGAGUCACAACUGAGGCUGAAGGGCAAGAAGGAUAGGGCCAGUUGUGUGGGUUUGUGGAUUUUUUAGAAAACUCUGAUCUCAAAAGCCUGGGAAUCUCAGACCUGUCUAGCGCUACAGUUUUUUGGGACUCCUUCAUAUACCAUGAGUUUAUAGAAGACGAAUCACUCAACACAGACACGACUGAUGGCUUUUUAAAUUAAGGUCAAUGGCAGUUCUUUCUGAAUUACAGGAGCUGUACUGUGUGUUGUUUCAUUUAUGUGUGACAAUGAACACAGGGGUUUUAAAACUUGAAUGUAAAUAUCUCAGUAGAAGGUUUUGUCCUUUUUAGUAAUGUGAAAACACUGUCAAAUAGAAACUAGAAAAGUCUUGCCUGGGAGCAAAAUGGAUUGUCUGGUUUUUGUCAAUGUGGUUUUAUAAAUUAAAGCUAUCUAAAUCCUUCCUG